AUGCCAACCGCCGCAUCCAACUCAACGCUGGAAAACUCAUAUGAAUUUCCUCUCUUCGAUGCCGAAUUUAUGAAUCGUACAAUAUUACCAUUGGAACAGCAGAGCCAAAUCUCUUUAUUGCAUGAGGAAAUCAAAGAAUUUACUAACCCUUAUACAGAUGUACUAAAUGAACUAACCGAGGCAGCGGAGAGGGGCGAAAGUAAGGUUGCAGCAGAAUGGUUCAGAAAGGCUCUGCAUUACAAUUUGUCUGUCAGCAGUAAGAAAAAUGGUUUGAUGACUGUGCUGGCAUACAAGGAGUUGGUUAGUGGUGGAAAUCAACUCACUACGGAAAACUUACGUUUGUCGCAUUUACUGGGCUGGUGUCUGGAAUUGCAACACUGCACUAUACUCAUUACCGAUGACAUAAUCGAUAACAGCACUACACGCCGCGAUCAAUUAUGUUGGCAUCGCAGAGACGAUGUUGGUCUCAAUGCCAUUAAUGACGCACUGCUCUUCGAGAAUGGCAUUUAUGAGCUGCUGAGACGGCAUUUUCGCCACUUGCAUUGUUACGUUCAACUGUUGGAGUUAUUUCAACAGAACACCUUUAAAUGUAUGCUCGGUCAAUCGUUGGACAUGCUGAUUAGUCGACGCAAUGUCAGCACUUUCAGUGUGGAGGCCUACACAUCGAUUGUGAGAAAUAAAACUUCCAGUCACUUUUUCUACCUACCUAUAGCACUGGCGCUGCAUUUGGCGGGUAUUAGGGAACAGCAAAUAUACGAUGAUUGCGAGAGAAUUACAUUUGAGUUCGGUAAUUUUUGUCAAGCGCAAAAUGAUUUUCUCGAUUGUUUUGGCGAUCCAAAUGAAACCGGUAAGCUGGGCACAGAUAUACAAGCCAAUAAAUGCACUUGGCUGGCGGUGAAGUGCAUGGAGAGAGCUGAUGAGCGACAGCGGUCGAUUAUGGAAAAGUUUUAUGGGAAAAAUGAUCCCCAAGAAGUGGCGCGCGUUAAAGAGCUUUACGAAGAAUUGGAUUUAAUCGAGAUUUAUACCAAAUAUGAAAAAGAAACCUACAACAACAUCGAAACAAUGAUUUUUCAAGCAUGUAAUGGUGCGCCACGAAAAACUCUAUUGAAAAUGCUUAAUCAAAUUAAUCAAAGAGAUAUUAAAUGAAAAAUAAAAUGAAAAGAUU